UCGGGAACCUCAAUCCCAGGUGCCCUCGCGCUGCGUUUCACUUCGGAGCGUGAGAACGAGGACAGGUGGUCUCCGCCGCGCGCCUGCUUCAUUCCAGGCUGCUUCCUCUUUUCUCCCGUCUCCUAAGCGGGGCGGGCCGUUCCUAACCUCCCGCACCGGAAAGCCAUUUAUCUCCUUCCAAGCAAAAAACUGACGACAGCGGAAGCUUCCAGCGCGCUCGGAGCUGGGCUCGGGCAACUUACCCUGCAGCGCAGAAGCCGAGCUCGCCAGUCUCUCCCGUGUUUGUGUCAUGCGUCGGGGCGAGCGCGCCGCGCGCCUCAGGCCGGGCCAGCUGCUCUAGGGGGCGCGUGUGCGCUCUCUGCGCGCCUCGGCAAGCGAGGGCUGGGCGGCUGAGGAAGCCUUCAGCUGCGCCUCGGCUGCUGCCCGGGCGCGAGGCCGCUUGCCUGAGCCAGCGGGCAGGUGCGGACGGAGAGGGCAUUUGCGCGCGGCCAGCCCGGGGCUCGCCGUCUGAGGGGCGACCAUGUCCGCGCGCUGUUGUGCGGGUCAGGUAAGGAGGUUUUGUUUUUGAGGCGGGGAGGGGGGGCGCGGAAAAAAGCCAUUCCCUUCUGUGAGGAGAAGGAGCGAGACGAGGAAGCCCCUCCAUUGGGAGGCCACCCUUCUCCUCUUCCCAGGCGGAUACGGUCGGAAGCCCCACCCUGGCUGCGUGGCAGGGUCCUUUGGGACUGCGCCAGCGCCUGCUUGGCGGCCGCGCUCGCUUUCGUCUUCCCUGGCCAGGAUUGCGAUUCCUAAGACUCCUCAGCCUGCCUGUGCCCAGGGCGGAUCUGCCCGUGCCAAGUGCUCGGCUUCUGAGUUUAGCUGCUGGGGAACUGGGUCUGUCGAUCGAACAGGCAACGCGUCGGGUUUGCGGUGCUGCUCAUGGGUGCCAACUCGGGGCCAAACGGAUGGUGGUGGCGGACCCGUUGGCCUGCAUUCAGACCCUGCAUCAACAGUCAAUCUUGUGGCACAUUGAAGAUGGACAAAUGCAUGAUCAUGACAGAAGCUUCCCUGCUCUCGAGCCCAGUUGGUCAGAUGUCUAGAGUGAAAUCUUGGCAGGGGUAUAUGCAGCGUUUAGUUUCUGAUGGAUUGGUUAGUUCAUGUGCCGCUUCGAUUUAAGAUCAGAAACGAUUAAAAGGAGCUUACCAAUAACCGCAAAUCCACUCCUUAGAUGGUGUGCGGAUUGCUGUCCUUUUUCUCUUCCAAUGGCUUACAGUAUAUGUUUGGUUCAAAGGUAUACCCACCAUUGAAAGCUUGGGAUUUCUCAAGAGGAACUGUUUUUAUUACUAUGUUAGAUUUUAUGCACAAAGUGUUAUGUAGCACUUUUAAAGACUAAGAAGUACUGUGUAGCAGAUCAAGACAGACCAAAUCACACCCCCUCAUUCUUUCUGAGCAUUGCCAGUUUACAAAAUAGGCAGAGUAGGUACUGGGUUAUGUAGGUACACACAUUUUGGGGGCCCUGCAACAACAGAUCAUAAUUGAUUUAUUAAAAUUAUUGGUUGGUAAAAUAAAAGAUGUAUUAGGAGAUGAUUUGUGAGCCCCCCCCCCCCAAGAUUUCGACUGCCUAGGGGGCCUCCACAGGGUUUAAUCCAACAUUGUUUCUGAGUACAGUUGAGAAAUUUUAGUUCCUGAAAUCUGGAUAGUUCAUUUAGUUUGUGGGUUGCUGCUACAGGGACAUUUGGAAAAAGGAGGCUAGCAUUCAAUUGCCACUGUAUCCUAGAGUGGAAGAACAAAUCAGAAUUUCUCUGAGGAAAGCGAUACUGCUAAUGAAUUGUAUGCUUUGGCAACAGAAAGCAUUUGUCAGUUGUGUUCUCACUCAUUACUAAUGUCAUACAGCCCCACCCUAAAUGUAUUUGUUUUGGAGCAAUUCCUGUUAAGUUCAAAGGAAUCCUCUUCCUAAUUAGAUUAUGAUAGCCAUUCCCAAUACAUUUCCCAAUAUUUUGUUUAAUUAUGCAACAACUUUUCAAACAUUGGGCUGUGGUUGUAAAAUAUUGACAAAAGAGCUACAGCUGCUAAUUAGUGGGGAGAAAACAUUGUUUCAUUCCAGAGUGGCAAUGUUUUUAUUCCCUGAACUUGCCAUGCCAAGUAAGUCUAACAUAUACUUUAAGCAGAACUCCAAAAGGGCCUUUUAAUUCUCCCUUUUGCUUUUUGUGUGUGAAUGUCACUAAUGCAGGACAGAAACACACUGAAUGUGUCUUCUCUAGCUACUGUAGAGGUUACAGCAGCAUAUUGCCAUAGGUAAAGCACAUAAGAAAACAUAGCUUUAUUUAAUGGGAGUAAACUCGGCUUAGAUCCAGUAAAACAUUGCUUACAAAUGUGCUGCUUUAAAAUUGCCUCUUUGUGCUGUUAAUAAUUUGAAAUUCUCCCUAGCUGUACACAACUUGAACAAGAUAGCUGAAAAUUCGCCUAAAGACAAAAGGAAAUUAUGGCAUACUUAAAAAUCAUAAUUUGCAAUUUAUAAAUAUACGGUACUAAUAGACAGUUCAGUCUGGAGGCCAUAAUGUUCUUUUCAGAGUUACACCUUUUCUAUUUGUAUGUGAAGGCAUAACUCUCUGAAAGGAAUGGAUGAAUGAAUGAAUGAAAUUCAACGUAUUAGUUCAUAGUUGCCUAUUGUAUCACUGUGAGAUUGCAAGCACCAGUUAAAAUCUUAUCACAUGUCACAUGUGGCAGUUCCAGUUCCCCAUUUGUGGAAUGCUAUCCUAGGUGAGGUGUCUAUUUCUCUCAUUAUUGGCUUUCAGAAGGAAUUUCAAAACAUUACUUUUUACCCAGGCUGAAAGAUGCUGCCCCUAGGAAGCCUGAAACCAUUGGGUGAGAGAAUGUGAUUGAUACCUUUUAAAACAUUCUAAAAACAAUCUAUUUGCACAUUGGGCUACUUUGGGAGGAAGGGCAAAAUAUAAACUGAAUCAACAGCAACAUCACUGACAUAUUUCUUAUAUUCUGAAUAAGCAUAUGUUGCACAUCUGUAAAGUCAUUUGCAGUAGAAGGUGAAUAUCAUUGUGUUUCAACAAUCCACAAGUUCAGUAGCUUGGUCACUAGGGCAAUUCCAGGCAAAGCUUCUGAUUCAUUCCACCACAAAUAUAAAGCCAUGUGUGGGGAGAUGGAUGCAGAGAUGACUACUGCAGAAUGUAGGUAAACUAUAUCUUGUGCCAGGAUGCCAGUAGUUGUGGCAUGUUUUGUGAAGCAGAAGGGUUUCUCCUUUCUUUUCUGUAAAAAACAAUACCUUUCCUAACCUGUGAGUAUGGCAUGGAUGGGCAGGAAAAUGGUGGAAGAUGCUGAUAACAAGCAGAAAAUAAGAGACUAAGUAUCUGAGGAGCAAAAUAAUAAAACUGGAUAAGCAUGUUCCCCUGCAGGUACUGUUGGAUUACAUCUCUCACUUGCCAAUGCUAGCUUGGGUUGAUAGAAGCUGGAGUCUAACAACAUAUCUGGGGCUUCGUGUUGGGUUAUCCAUGCAGCAAAGGUUUAGCAGGCCAGCCCACUUCAUAAAUGCCUUAGUCAGGGGCACUAAAAUGUCCUCCUCACUCAUCUGUAACCAAAUGGCCCUACAAAAGUGAUGCAUGCAUGUAUUUGGCUGCUUUGGAAGGGGGAGUGGGAAAUCUCUGCUUCACUUGCUACUAGAAAGAGGGGGGAAAUGUGGCUGUCAAGUUUUUAUUAACCAAACAUGCUGGACCUCUCCUCAGUUUAUCCACACUGGUUACAAGAGCUACAAGGUAUAUAACCUAGAAUAUUGACAUUUUAUUCAAGGAAAACUGCUGGAGAUUGAUAGAACAGAAGCAAUUGUUUAAAAAAAUUCCGCAGAGGCAUUCUAGUUCCAACACAUUCUUAAAAACACCAAAAAAGAAUUAAAGUUUGGACAGUGUGUUUUGGAAAUGUUUGGCCAAAACAGGAUUUUAGGUGUUCCAUUAUGACUUAAUUAGUUUUAGGUCAUUCCAGUUCUUCCUAUCCCUAAGAGUGUAUAAUUUCCCAAUAAUUUUUUUUCUGGGAUGAGUCAUUGUCAUGCACAUCUUUUGUUCCUCAAAUAACAAAUAUUUGCCUUCACUAUGCUGUGAGCUCUGACAGCGAAUCUUAAUAGCAUGAACAGGGUCGGCUCUGAGUUUUAGAAACCAGUCAUCCUUAAAUUUCAUAGGAGUACUGUGGUUAAUCCUGGAGUGUUUUUUAUAUUAGUCAUGGAAAUGUUACUUUGGGGGUGGUGCAUAGGAAACAGCUGCUUGAAUUACAUUGAGUAGCUGUCUCUAUGCAGCAUGCUAUACAUGUUCCAUAACUCAUCAUGUGGAUUAAAUAAACGCCUUUGCACUAUUUAUUUCAUUAAAAAAAAUUUUAUUCCAUAACAUAACAUUUAUAUACGACUUGAUUAUAACCCCCCCUCAAAGAAAAACACAGUUUGCUAUUUGUUUUCAUGAUAAUUCAGUUGGUAGAACAUAAGACUUUUAAUCUCAGAGUCGUGUAUUCAAUCAAGCCCCACAUUCAGUGAAAAAUUCUUGCAGGGGGUUGAACUGAAUGACCCUCAUGGUCCCUUCCAACUCUACAGUUCUAUAUGGUUCUAUGACUCUAGACAUUGUUUACAGCCACUACGUAUCUAAGUUUUCUGUACAGCAGUUGUGGCUAAAUUGUGAUGUCCAGAUGUUGCUGUACUACAAAUCCCAUCAUCCCUGAUCCUUGGCUGUGCUUCGUGGGCUGACAGGAGUUUGAGUCCACCAAUGUCUGGAGGACCCUAGGUAAGCUACUUCUCCUGUACAAUAUAUUGAUUCCUUGCUAGGCAACCAGAGCCCUGUGGUUUUGAUAUGCACAGCAAUACAAACUGGAACUAUCCUUGCACAAGGCAAAAUUAGUUACUGCAAGUUAUCUAAUAUUAAUGAACUUGGCUAUAUCUUUGGCCAUUGGUACCUAACCUCAAAAUAGUUGCCCGUCUAGUUUUAGACUCUGCAGCUGCUUCAAAGCACAUGCCUCCCCAGCUGUCUUCUGAAGACACAAAGCAACUCAGACCUAAUUGCAAUGAUUUCUAAAUUCUGUUUUUGUGGGUACUCAGCCAUCAUAUAGGUUAUAUCCUGGCCCAUUGCUAGUCCUGCACGGUUGUGAUUUGCUUUUGCUUACAUAAAAACAUCUGCCCUGUUUCACAGGAAACGGGAUUUUACAUGUGGUUUUUCUGUAGCAUUCUCUUGAGACUGAAAAGAUGACCUCUGUUUUAAAUAAAGCUGCUGCAGUGGAAAACGUUAGUUAUAAUUGUUUCUUUUCAGAACACAUUGUAUAUAAAUGAAAUGCUGACAGCCUUUCACUGUGAUGCUAAGACAAGGUUGUUGGUGAGACUGUGCUUCAUCUUGUCAGAUCUCCUAAUAUUACAUUUAGCAAUGUUUACAUUUCAUUCUGAUUUAUAUAGCUUUAAAGAGUAAACUUUAAAAGGCCUGUCAGAUUUCUUGGGUCCUCUUCUUCUGUCAUAGCUACUCUGUUUGUAGAAAUAAUGCUUUAUGAUAAAAUGUAACAAGGAAAAUUAAGUAUCAAAAUAUUGUAGUAAGUUCUGUGAGGUUUGGGGAUGAUGACUUGUGAAUACAACUUGAAAAUGUUUCCAGAAGGGUAGACAUAUUAGUCUCUUGCAGCAAACCCAACGUUCUUGUGGCACCUUAAAGACCAACACAUAUGGCACAAGCAUUUGAUGAAGUAGAUUCUAGUCCAGGCUUUCUCAAACUCGGCUCUCCAGAUAUUUUUGGCCUACAACUCCCAUGAUCCCUAGCUAGCAGGACCAGAGGUCAGGGAUGAUGGGAAUUGUGGUCUCAAAACAUCUGAAGGGCUGAGUUUGAGGAAGCCUGAAAGCUAUGUGAUAAUGAAUGUGUUGCUGUUGUAACUGGGUCCCACAGUGGGUCAUAACAAUAUAAAAACAGCAUUAAAAACAUAUCAAAACAAAUUACAGUCACGCCUAAAGCGAGUCCUAAACAUAUAUGUAUCACAAGUGUCAAAGACCAGGAUAAAAAGGUGUGUCUUCAGCAAAUGACAAAACUGUAGAAUGAAGGUGCCAGGGGGUUCUUUAAAAAAAACCACAACAUUGGUUCUGUGUUUAUACUACACAAAGACAUACAGUCUACUAGUACUUAAAUUUUGAAGACGCAUUAGUGUGUCAUAGAUGUCCUAUGGUUUUAAAGGCCAUCUGUGCUUAUCAGCAGCAAGGAAAGUACCCCUUUCCUUGCAAGCAGUUUUUCAGGGGUUUCCUGAAUCUGGUAAUUCUUCUAAUUGUUUACGCUCCCUAAAAUUACUGCAUCUUCCUCUGAGGCCCGAGGAUGAGCAUUUUAAAGUGUGGAUAAGGGAACCUUUUGGACUCCACAGGCCAGAUCGUUAGCUGGAUCUGCCUUGUGGGCCAGAUGUGAGAGGUGGGCAGAGCCUCCCAUUGUUAGUCGCCCAGCAUCACCAUUAUGUCAGUUGCAACAUGUUGCUAAAACAGGGUUUCCUUCCCCACUUCAUUUUAACAGGCAUGUAAAUCCCUUCCUGAAUCAGGAAGAGGUUUGCAUAGAAUCUUGCCAAACUGAGCAGGAUUAAUUCACCAGUCAUGUGCAUUGAGUGCAGACUUUAACCCCCACCUUCCUACACAUCAGAUGAUGUCAUUAGUGGCCAUGGUUUGGGGGAAAUGGUUUUGCAGGCCAAUUUGGAUCCCUUGGUGGGGUAAGACUGACCUGCAGCUUGGUGGGGCAAGACUGACCCCCACUUCUGUUUUAAAAGAUUAGUACAGUCAUACCUCGGGAUAAAUAUGCUUCAGGAUAAGUAUUUUCGGGUUGCGCUCCGCAGUGACCCGGAAGUAACGGAGCGUGUUACUUCCAGGUUUCGCCGCUCGUGCAUGCGCAGACGGUCAAAAUGACAUCACACACAUGCGCAGAAGCAUCAAAACGUGACCUGCUCAUGCACAGAUGCACUGUCGCGUCUUAUGUUCUGUUCAGGAUGCAAACGGGGCUCCGGAACGGAUCCCGUUCACAUCCCGAGGUACCGCUGUACAGAAAAGCCUGCAGCAUAACGUAAACUAUUAAUAAAAAUAAUCUAGAAGAUGUAGUUAUCUUAUCUCUGUGCAUUAUAGUUUAAAAGUUUAGGGCUUGCUGCUCUGUGAAGGGCAAAAUGGGUUCUUAAAUGGCGCAGCUUUUAUGUCGUGUCAUAAAAGGUUUGUAUUUGAAAUACCUUUGCUUAUCUUUACACUCACUAAACCUUAGGAAAGGGUAAACUUCACCCAGGAAAAAUAGUAUCAAAUAAAUUAGAAUAUCGAACAGAACUUAAUAAACACAAUUAAUUGAAAUUACAUUACAUGCCUCUGCCUAGUGUCCAUCAUCGCUAUUAAAAGUUGCAGGGAACAGGGUUUCAACCAAUUCCACAUUAAAUGUUGACUGUGCUUUUAUAGGAACUUGGCUGUAAAAUUGAUUCUGGAACAUAAUCUAUUUUAGGAAUGGUUUUCUGAGUUGUGAUACAAGACAGGGAAUGGUCUGGCCUUGUCCUAGGUACUGUAUAUUCAGUGCCUGGUGUGGAACAAAAACCAAUGAGUGAGAACUACAAAAGACUUCAUCACUUCAAAUUGAGAGAGCAGGUCAGUCCAUUCAAAUAUGGACAAAUAAGAUUAUCUUUAGUCUAAAGUUACAUUACUAAAUCUAGCUGGCAAUUGAUACAUUCCAACUACCUGUGUUAAGGAUAUUAUUUCGUAAGAUAAACCCCUUCAGAGAUUAAACUACAUCUCUGAAAUACAGCAGUUACUAAGGGGAGGUAUUGCAUGGAUAAAUGUUUGAAUUGUAUGCAAAUGUAGUCUUAGCAUUUAAAGAAAUACUCCAUACGCUGUAGGGACAGGAUUUAGCCAGCUACAGUUAUAACUAGAAUUCCUAUGAUCUCCUAAAACUAUUGACCCAAAGGCCACAAAAAUCCCCUUAAAUCUUAUUUUAAAAUCUGGCAUUGUCGGGAUAAAGGAGAUAAAUGCUCUGCUGUUGUUCCCCUGAGAACACUUCACAGCUGUGACUGGACCAGCCAAUCAAUAUUACCCCAGCAAGCACUCCAGUAAAAAGCAUUGUAUGAUGCUGUGGAGUGUUAGCCUUUGCUUACAGAAUUGUACUGAGGGGUUAAGGCAGCAAAUGCAAGCAAGUCAGUGGGACUUGCAAGCAAAUCUGUUUAGGAUCAGUGUGCCAGUUUUUACUGUUACUGUUUCGCUGUCUGCUUUUCUUCGACUUUUAUGAAACAAAUACUAAAAAGAAAGCGAGAGAGCAAAGGGGGGGGGAUCUUAAUCCUUCAAUUGAGAUGUUUUUACAUUUAAAUCCUUAUGUGAACAUAAACCAGCUAUUUUAACUGUAUGCUUAAAAAGUGCACGCCAGUAACUUACUUGAAGUUCUUUCAUGUUUCUGUAUUUAAUACAGUAAGCCUGCAAUUUACACACAUUAAAUUUAUGCGCAUUCCACUUUAUGUGCUUGGCAAAAAUAAAAAUAGAAGGGGGGAAGGCAUCUGGGGGGGGGAGGCUUUAGUAAUCCCACUCACUAUAGCACCCGAUGUGUUUUGACUAUACACAAUUUUGGCUUUAGGCACUAUCCCCAGAAACAUAACCCCUAUGUAUGUUGUAGACUUACUGUACAUGAAUUGGUUGCUGCUAUUGCAUUUGUAUCCACCCUUUCUCCAUGGAGUUCAGAUAGAUUUCUUCAGAUGUCAGCAGAAAGCCAGUAAUAUAGUGGUAGAGUGUCAGAAUAGGACCUGGGAGACUAGAGGUCAAAUCCCCACUUAGCCAUGCAGCUCACUAGGUGACUAUGGGCCUGUCACCAACUCUCAACCUAACCUACCUCACACGGUUGCUGUGAGAAUAAUAUGGAGACCUAUGUAAGCCACCUUGAGCAUCUUGGAGGAAAAGUUGGGAUAUAAAUGCAACAGUUUUCUUUUUUCCUCCUGGAAUACCUUGGUUAGUAGGCCUGACUUUAAAGCUGAAAUGCAUCGCUUUCUUCUUUAAUGGCUUCCAGUUGUAAUCAAAUAGUUACCUUACAACUCCUUUCUUCUUUGCAUAAAUAUUCUAUAUACUGUAGUAUUCUCUUUCCUUACACUUUCCCUCUUACUCCUGCAGUCUUCAUAUGAUGAGAAGCAUGCCAGAAGGUUCAUUGUGGGUGGAGCAGGGUAAAAAAAAAGCUUAUUGGAAGAUACUAGAAGAGCAUCUUAUAUUUUGCCCUUACUUUAUCAUUAUUCUAAUAAACUUAGGGGAGUUGGUUCUCAUCUGAAAAAUAAUAGAUGCAGUACAUAAAUAUAACUUGAAAGUACUGUAUCUGGGCAAAUGUAACUGGUUCAACUAGUUAUUAAAUGCUUGGAAGUAGUAGGGCAACUUCCUUUACAUCUUAAGGAGGGGACAGCCUUCUCUCACUCUAGAUUGCCAGAUGUGAGAAAUGUUGUUUACUUUAUAGCUUUCCCUGCUUGUAUGCCGAUCAUUAUUUUUAUUCUUAUUUUUGCAACCUUAUGGACCUGAUAGCACCUCCUGAAAAAUGAAGGGCUCAUAGAUUUUGUUAAUAGCUUGCUGCCACAUUUGUAUAUUCGUUUGGUAUUUGAUUGGUGGAAAUAUUUCUUUUUUUAUCUUUCCAUGUAUUUAUAACAUGUAACCAAAAUUUUUCUUUGUAAGGACAAUAGUGUGACAUGUGCUGCAGCUUUAGUCAACUUUUAUUUUUAUUAUUUAAAAAAAGCAGGUUGGGUGAAUGCACCUGCCUGCAAGAUUACAAUUUAAUAAACCAAGGAAUGAAGGGAAUUGCAGUUCCAUUUACUAGAAAGCCCCUUUUUUCUAUUAGCAUAUACAGUUAUUCUGAGAUGACGGUCAGUUCUUAAGUAGGUGACAAAUGAAUUCAACUUCAGCAAACGCAGAAAUACCCACUUGUUGAAAUUGUUGAUAAGAAGGCUUAAGGCAAAAUUCCAGUUGCUGUGUUCACUGAGAAAAAAAAUGAAACCACUGGGUGUGACUUCUUCUACUGCAAAGUUUUUUUUAAUGUGUUUCUUUAUACUCCUCAGAAGAGAGCUCAACACAAAAAAGCCAAAUAGAAUAAAGCUCUUUCUUGCUAUUAAAAAAAAAAAUACCUAAGCCAAAUAUGAAUACAGUAUAUGUUCCCUUUGAUACUGUCCUUCUGAGAAUGUUCAUUGCUUCUACUGGCCUAUAAGAGGGGGGAAAGGGGGAGACUUCCCAAGUCCACUGCUGGGUAAUACUUUUAUUAGGAUCAACCAAAAAGUCACAGCAAUGUGGCAAACUGCUCAGUUCUCCAAAAUUCUUCAACAGGACAGUUGGUAUACAAAGCAGUGGAUGUCAGACCACCAAUAGCAGUUUGAAGAACCUCCAUAGGGCAGGAUUAUGGUUUGACUGUAAUCUGCCCCACAGGCCCAGAUGUGGAUCUUGGCAGAUGGUUUACAGAGGCCCAAAGGACCUAGCUGCAGGGAUUCCAAAGGAGGAUGAACGAAGUACCAGUGAUCAGUUCUAAAGCUUCACUUAUAAUGCAAUGCAGAGAUCCUCUUUGUUAUGACUUGGGACAGACUCCAAAAGCAGCAAGCGCAGAGCCAACCCCUUCCCGUGAGGCUGGAUGAGGUGGCUGCUUCAGGCGGCAGUCUCCAAGGAGCGUCACCCGAGUUCUGCGAACCAGCUUUGCUGCUGGUCUCCCUAGCCACUAGGGGCAGAGAGCUGUGGAGCUUCUCCCCUCCUGCCAAGUUGGUGAGAGGGGGAAGCAUUCCACCAUCCAGCUUUGCCAUCAGGCAAUGAGAUGAUUCCCCAUUCCUGGCAGUGUGGCAUGGUUUUGCACUGGCUUCUCUUGAAGGGAGUAGCCAGUGAAAAGCCCUGCUGCCAAGUGAGAGGGCUUGGGGAUUCAGAAAGGAUCUACCUGCCUGAUUGGGGAGACUCCUUGUGGAGUUUGCACUCUCAUCACUGGGGGCGGGGGUAGCAGAGGGGUGUUUCACUGCAGGUGCCAAAGUACCUCAGGCCCCCCAUGACCAAGUGCAUCAUGACUGUCCAUACCUGGGCAAGCAUUACAUGCUUUACUUACACAGAAACAUCAUAUGUAUGGUAGUCUGCCAGCUAUAGUCUAGUAGUUAAUCACACCUGCCUUUGUGGUCUGUUUCCAACUCCCUCCCAUCCAUUUGUCAGAUGAGGGAAUUGGUUGCAGGCAUCCAUGUUGCACAGGUAGCUCGCAACUCCCUAGGCCAAGCUCUCAAAGCAAGCAGAUCUUGCAGCAUGGACCAAUUAGCACCAGGUUAUCUUGACUACCAAAUGCUGUUUACAGGCCUUCUGGGACCGUUUCACUGCCUGGCUUUACACAGACUGAUAAGCUGUUAUUGCAUGUUGAACUCAACAGGAGCAUGAUAUGCUAAAGUAAGGUCUGGGAUGGUGUAGUAAAGCUUUGCCAAACCAAUGUGGUGGCACAUCUUUACAUGAGAGCCACCAUGUUGAACAUAGAUGGGAAGGCUGUGGCUCUCGAGAUCUUGCCAAACUCACAAUUUUUAUCAGCCUCAACCAGCAUGGCCAAAGGUCAACAAAAUCCGGUGGACCAUGGGUUUCCUACCCCUGAUGCAGAACAAUUUAAAGUGACAGUUGUGAUAUCUAAACCAGUCUUCUUCUGGCAUAGUUCAUUUACCAGGCCAACAAAGUUUUUGUGUGGUAAUGGCAAAGGCACACUCUUCUUCCUUUGAGGAUAUAGAUAGUGCCACAUGUGACAUAGGUCCUCUGUGUGAGUGCCCAGUUUACAUUGUCUCCUACCUUUUUUGAUAACACCCAUUUGCCACCCACAUGGAGAGGGCCAAUCAACAUACGGCAUAGGGGACAUGCCCCCAGGACACAGCUCUGCAGUGAAAUAUGCUAAAGAGAUAAUUAUGUAUAGAAAGUGUAAGGGAUAAUAUAUUCUUAUAUUAGCUUUUAAUGUUUGGAUGUGUUUGUCUAGAAUGAUGACUGAGCGACAUCCCUAAUACUUUGUAUUUCCCUAUCAUACCUUAUUCAAUGCCAGAAUUUAUACAGUAUGCCAGCUAGCACUGAAUUUCCUUGUGUCCCAUGCUUGUUUGGUUUGGUGUGUUUUUUCCCAUAUUAAGUGAAACAGAGCUCUUUUGUUAAGAUGAUCUAACUCUUCACCAUUCAGUCUGUCACAAAAGCUUCACAGUGUGUAGUAAAUUAAUAAUGGUUCAGUAAGGCUAUUCAGUCGAUUCUUGCGUGUUUUUGGAUGGCAUGAAGUAAGGGCAAGCCUCUAGGUUCCUGUUUACUCAGUGGAAACAAAUAGAAUUGGUGGGAGUUUUUGUCUGAGUAAAAAAAUAGGAAAAAGCUUUACUCUUAAGCCUGGAAGGGUCUGAGUUAUAAGGCUUGGCUUUCAACAUUGUCAGAAGUAAUUGGUAUUAAAUACCGUACAUGGAUUGUGUUUUGCUUGUGAUAUGCCUUUCUACAACAUAAUCCAUUUUUUCUUACACAAAUAAUUCUAUCUGUAAAAUAUUUGGAAUGUAUUUGAUCAGGUGCCCCGUCAAAAUUUUGCUGCCACCACCAAGCAUCAUUUCCCUUCAGAACUUUUCUUUCUGACUCUUGUCACUCUGGCUCUGCCAGAUCCUAAGGACUACUAAGAUCAGUGAACACCAGGGUCAGCCAUGAUGGACCACUGCAGCAGCUAAUUUUGGCUCUGAGCAACUUUAGUUUGGUAUGGAGAGGUUGAGAAGAUGCAUGUGUGAGAUCUUGGCUGACAAGGAGAUUUAAGCUUUAACAAAAGAUAGGGGCAGAUGUAACCUACAUGUUACAUUAAUGGUACGAUUAGCAAUCUCAUUGUAGGUUUUACAAAAUUAAAUUCCUUGCAUAUGUAGGCAGCAUUUGACAUCAGCAUAAUCGUGAAUGGGAAGGGGAGGUUUAAGCCUUACCUCCACAUUUGCAAUCCUACCCCACAAUGUGGCCAUUAACACUGGGGAAAACACACUUGAUUUUUACCAAGAUUGUAAAGAAUUAAACUUUUUUUUUUCUUGAGCACUGCAGUGCAAAUGAGUCUCUCCUCACACACACACCCCCCCGAAAAGAAAACCUCACUUAUUUUGAGACAUCCACAACAUGGUUGGUAGUCAUUGCAUUAAUAUAGCAGGAGUUGUCAACUUUUUAAGGCCAGUGGUAAAUUUUGAAUUUUUGAGCCGGCGACGUGGAUAACAUCCCAUUUGGUCACUUAGAAUCAUAGAAUCGUAGAGUUGGAAGGGACCAAGAUGGUCAUCUAGUCCAACCCCCUGCAAUGCAGAAAUCUUUUUGCUCAAGGUGGGGCUCGAACCCACGAUCCUGAGAUUAAGAGUCUCAUGCUCUGCUGACUGAGCUGUCUACUUCUUGCUCCCUUUUCUUGGGUUUCUCACAUAUAUAGAGGCAGAAAGAGAAAGUGCCUGCAUGGACACACUUUGCUUUUUUGACGUAUGUGGUUCAAAGCUGGAUCAAGUAGAACUAAACAGAGCCCUGAAAAGCACGUAAAGCUGGAAGAGGAAGUGAGAAAGAGUGUCACUCUUUCAACUUCUUUCAGUUCAGUUGCCUUUUAGGAGAAAAGUUAACCACCAUCGCCAUGCCAUGACCAAGGGGGCUAACCACCUUCACUACCUCAUGACCAAGCAGGGCAAUAAUAAUACUACGAUUGGAAGGUUUAUUCAUUUAUUUAGCUAAACUUUCAUAAAUUAUAUCAAGGCAGCUGUCAGUUUUUAAAAAGUACAACAAUAGUAUAUAAAGACCCAUAAAACAUCAGUAGAUACUGGUUGGUUAAAAAGCAACAUAUUGUGGAGGCUUAUCUAAACAGUACAGUUUUCAGAAGACAUCUGAAAGAAGGCAGGGAUGAUUCCUGCCAAACUUCUACAGAUAGGGAGUUCCACAGGGCAGGACCUGCCACACUAAAGGCUCCAUCCCUAGUGAAAAUGAAGGCUAACCAAACCACCAGAAGUGCCCCACCAGAGAAGUUCUAUGUGAUCAAGGUUGGAGUAUAAGGGAUCAAAUGGUCCUUCAGAUACUUUGAACCCAAGUUGUGUGUGGGACCUCAAGGCCACCCUUGCUGCUAUAGGCACCAAAUCGGUAACAUCGUAAUGCAUAGUUUGGCCUAUGUGUUUAGAACUUGGAGAUGCCAGUUACACCUUUCCCUGUGGAAAAAAAAGUGGAUAAACAAAGAGGAUAGGAAAACCUUGUUUCCAUCUCUAAUCAAGUGGGGUGGAGGGGGAGAGUUUCAAAGUCUAGUUUCACUAGCAAUUAGGUUUGCUCUCCCAUUCCACCAUAUGCAGUAUUGGAAUCUUUCAUAGCUCUUGGUGCAUCUAUUAAAAACAUCUCUCUGGAUUAUAGUAAGUGAUCAAUGAGCUGUGUUCGCUGAUGUAAAAAUUAUAACAAUGUUAACCUUUUUUAUUAUCAUUGAUUUCCUCUAGUUGGCCUGCUGUUGUGGCACUGCUCCAUGUUCACUCUGCUGCAAAUGCUGCCCAAAGAUAAAGCAAUCCACUAGCACCCGCUUUAUGUAUGCACUGUACUUCAUCUUGGUGACUCUCAUCUGUUGCAUCAUGAUGUCGGAGACGGUAGCAAAAGAAAUGAAAGCACAUGUAAGUAACUGGGUUUUUUAAGGAAGGAGCGGGCAGGUGCUGAUAUCGGUUGUUAAAUGGAAUGACUGUCAUUUCUAGUAAAGAGCACAUUAAACUUGGCUCUUGACAGAGGUUUGGGUGGAGAAACUAUCAUUUGCAUUAUCUAUGUUCCAAAUUAGCAUUAAAAUGUUUAGUGUGUUUUUGUUUUUUUAAAAAUCCCACUACUGUCCUAAGACUGUUAAAGGCUCACUGUCUGUUGAUUUCAUCCUGUGUUUUGCUUUGAAAACUGAGAAGUAGGAAGAGCCAGGAGGAGUAGGAAGGGACAGUACAAAGGGUAAUUGUUUGUAUGAAGGCAAAAGAUUACGGCUCUUUGAAACUUGAGUGUUUGGCAGAUUUAAAAGAGAGAACACAAGUGACUCAAGCAGGUCCUUUGUUGGAACUCUUAGCCUCUUUCUCGUGCUCUAAUGCUCUGCAGCAAAGUGUAGAAAACUCAAGGGCCUCUCAAGUUUAUUGUGUAAUAGAACAGAUCCAGAAGCAAUAAUUGCUCUUCUGCAGAGAGGAAUACUGAAUUCUGGUUUCUCACUCUUUUUUCCAUCUCCAUCCUGAUUUUAAUGCAACUGCUGUUCCCAUUCAUUCAGUUGGAAAAUGAUUGCAUUAUUAUAAUGAUUGCCAGUUACAGACAGCUCUGACACAUGCACCCUGCAUAUGAAGGACUGACAUAACCAUGGGGGUGAAUCUCUAGUCUGCAGACAAUACAGUUCAUACAAAUACCAGCACUGCAGUUUUCCUCAUGCUUGUCUGGAAGGAAGGCUCACAGAUAAACAGUUGAUUACAAUUCAGGCAUCAUUGUAAGAAGCAUGGCAGAUAUCAAAGAGGUAGGGAUGGGAAGAGAGAAGCCUGAAAACUCUGCAGAGGUAUUUUCUUUUGAUGUUUGCUGCCUGUACAGUGGUACCUUGUGUUACAGACCCUUUGGGUUACAGACGCUUUGGGCUACAAACUCCGCUAACCAGGAAGUGUUGCUCCAGGUUAAGAACUUUGCUCCAGGAUAAGAAUGGAAAUCGCGCACCAACGGCACAGCGGCAGCAGGAGGCCCCAUUAGCAAAAGUGUACCUCAGGUUAAGAACCGUUUCAGGUUAAGAACAGACUUCUGGAACAAAUUAAGUUCUUAACCCAAGGUACCACUGUAGAAGAAACAAGUACUGUACUGCUGCCAUUGUUCUGUACAGAGCUGGGGCAAAAGUGACCUGAUUGCAUAAGCAACCCUAUUUGCAGGUGUGUUUGCGAAGCAGAGAGAACAAGAAGUACACCACGGAAUCUGCCUUUCAGUUUCAGUAGCAUUGCCACUUGAUCAGAACUGGGGGGCUGGCCUUCAGCAGGGAGUUAUGAGUAGUUGUGACAGCUCCCUUUUGACUCUUCAUGCCUACUUCUGACUUGAUUUUGUUUGCUUAGCUUUCUGCAGUCUCCAGACUUGGCUAACCUCUAGUUUGGGGUCUUGAUCUAGCCACCAUAAGCAAUUUUUUUCUGCCCCCAUCCCACAAAAGAUCCCACCAUUCAUGGCAAAAAGUUAUUAAGAAAAAUAAAAGCAGGCACAGCACUGAAGUCAGUGGAGCUCAGCAUCCCGAUGGGGAUAUAAGUUGCUCCCUCCCUCAUAUGAUCAGAGAGAAGGCAAUAAUUACCCCGCUUUAGCUGUUCUUCACAGAUUAGGAGAGUCUCUCUCCCCGCCGCACCUCCUGUUCUUCUGUGGGAAGAGAGGGAGAGGUAGCCAAACCCGUUGCUGGCAUUUAGUCCUAGGAGGGUUGACCCAAGAUUUGUGCAGUCCUCGGAUCAAAAAAAGUUGGCCACCCCUGGCACAAGCAGUUCUUCUUCUGGAAAAUCUUUAGUAGUAGUGUUCAUCACUGCAUAUUGGUACGGAAAACACCAGGCUAGGGCAGCUACAGUAUUCUGGUCUGAUUUUUAUAAAUGAAAGUGUUUGCUGUUUCAAGACUGAUGUUCUGGAAAAUGUUUAUUAAAUGUUUCCAGACCUUAACAAAACAGUGUGGAGUAACAUGCUUCCUCAGCAAUUUAGCAAAGGACUGAUAAUGUUGGCCAAGUUUGUAGAGACUUCAUUCUUUAGUUGCCAAACUGCCUUCUUUUUAUAGACUUCCAUCCUCAGUUUUGUAUUUGCUUUAAUUCACCCCUUAGUGGAAGUGGCCUUAGACUUUCAUCAGUCAAAGCAGUCAUUUGAUGGUGAGACAUGAUUUCUAGGUUUUGUGCCCUUUAAGCCCAGAGUCCAAAUUUUGUGGUUUUGCUAGCCCUACAACUGAGUGGAAAUUUGAACCUGGCACUCUCUAGUCCUGGUUAAACACUCAAAGGUCUCAUCCGCACUUACCGGUACCUUUUGCCCCUUGCUUUAUAGGCAAAGGUCCAUGCUUUACUGAUCUGUGUCCAAUAGCUCUGCCCUUCCCUACUCCGGCUGCCAUUUCCCCCAGAAAAACCUGCUCUUUAACUCUGAAUCAGAACAAAUGGCAAUUUGGGUUUUCUGUGCAUUUCCAUUUGCUCUGAUUCAGCAGUAAAGAGUGGUAUUUCAUGGGGAAAGUGUUGGGGCAUAAAGAAAGUGCACUCCGACAGGGAAUGAUAAAGUGUGGACCUGUGUCUAGAAAUGUGGCACAAAAGCAAGUCUGGAUGCGCCUACAUAUUACACCACCAUGGUUCUGAAUUCAGAGCUUAUUUUAUGGCUCUUUGGAUCAUGGCCAAGGUUUGGAGCUGUUCGCAUAAGCAAAUGGAAGUAUUUCCUAUAUCUCAGAAUAAUUAUAUUAUGUUCCUACCAGGCAUAGUCUACAUCUUGCAAAUUUUCCCUUAUCCAGAGACCGUUUAAGUGAAAAUAUUUUUCUAUACGUUGUUUUCUUCCAAUUCUGCAAGCUGGGUUUAGCCUUGGAAGAGGUUCUUGGAGAGUUGGCUCUGUUCAUAAGAGGGGAAAGGGAGUGUUAAUGGUGUUCUGUUCAGCUGUGAUAAAAAGUUCAGUUAGUCCACACACAUGAGGAUAUAGAGAGGCCUUUAUUUUAUUGUAAAUGCUUGUAUUUGUAUAUCAGUGCUUCUAUUUUCAGGCUGCCUUGGUUGUGAAGGGGUGGGAACCAGUCUUCAUAGGGGACACAGCUGAAGUAUAGAGCUUCAGAUCAGAAGCUUGCUUUGUAAGAUGUGUUUUCUGAGCACAACUCCACAUUCGUGUGGUGAGCUUGAGACCAGAAUGCGUAGCUGGCUGUUCUUUUUCCAUGAGCGAAAGCACGGCCACAAAAGCAAAUAUUGAGUAAACGAGAGCUGGAAUUUUCCCCACCUUUCUGGUAUUUUAUUUCUGCAGUUUUGUAACUAAUAAGCAUUUCAUGCUGUUGGGAGUUGUUGGGUUUUUUUGGGUGGGGAUACUUUUUCCGUGGUAAAAUAAUUUAAAAAAAUAUUUUAUUCUUACUACUGUGUAUUAUCAAUGAAAGGCGAUACAGAAAUGUUUCAAACAAAUAAACUAAACAACACUAAAUCACUAAAUCAAGAUAGUGACCCUCCAAAUGCCACUGAAUUCCAUCAGCCUAAACCAGCAUGAAGAAUGAUCAGAGAUGACAGGAGCUGAAUCUAGCAAUAUCUGAAAGGUCACAAGUUUCCUACCUGGAUUUGUUCAGGAUCAUCCAUGUAGCACUAAAAUAUGGUUUAGUGUUACAAAUGAUCAUGGUCAAUCUUUCUGGCAUGCUGUUAAUGAAUACCUUUUUUGGAAAAUACAAUUAUUCCACAAAAGAACAUGUAACUUAAUUUCUAAAUAAAGAAUUGGCAUAUCUCAAUAUUUCUCUCCCAGAACAUCUUAUAGCACCGCUAUAAUGCACAGAUUGGAGUUUUGUUUGAAAUUCUGAUCCUCUGGCAAAUGUCUGAAGGUAAAUUUAAGCAGAAUUCUGGGUUGGCAACUCGGGUCGCAUCGCCUAAUGAACUGAAAGUCUCUUGAACUGUGUGUCGUUGUUUUCAUACCACGUAUCUCUAAAUUUGUUUUACUGUUCUGUUUCAGAUUCCCUUUUAUGGCACACUAUGCCAACAUAUUCAGGCAGGUGACUCAUGUGAGAAGCUGGUGGGGUACUCUGCAGUUUAUCGAGUGAGCUUCGGAAUGGCCUGCUUCUUCUUCAUCUUCUUCUUACUCACCAUCAAAAUCAACAAUAGCAAAAGUUGCCGUGCAUACAUGCACAAUGGGUAAGCCAAAUGGCUGUCUUGGUUUUGCACUAAUUUAAACACUCACUAUUCUAAGCUGCUGGAUUUCUUCACAAUCUAAAUAUGUAGUGCUUAGUGCUUUUUUACCAUCCGUGUUUAUUAUUAUUUUAUUUAUUAAACUUAUUAAUUGCUUGUCACUCAAAGGUCUCCAAGCAACUUACAUGCAAUAUAUAAUACCACAGGGAGAAAGGGGGGUGGGAAUAAUAUAAUACUAUAAUAUUUCAUAUAAUAUAACAUCCGUGGAGAAAUAAAUAUACCAGCAAUAUGCUACUAUUUAUACGGCUUAAUGAUAUGCAAUUAAUAAGCAAAGAAAUAAUCUUACCCACUAAUUUAGAUGUUGAUGAUGAUGAUGAUUUAAUUCCCCGGCCAUCUGGCUGGGUUUUCCCAGCCACUCUGCGCGACUCCUAACAGAAUAUUAAAAACAUGAUAAAACAUCAAACUUCCCUAAACAGGGCUGCCUUCAGAUGUCUUCUAAAAGUCAGAUAGUUGUUUCUUUCCUUGACAUCUGAUGGGAGGGCAUUCCACAAGGUGGGCACCACUACUGAGAAGGCCCUCUGCCUGGUGAUUCCCUGUAACCUCAAUUCUCACAGUGAAGGAACCACCAGAAGGUCCUUGGAGCUGGACCUCAGUGUCUGGGCUGAAUGGGCUAAUCUCAGCCUCCCCCUCCCCACCCAGAAGUCUGGUGUCAAGGCCAGCUAUUACAGGUCAGGGGUGGGUGGGUCCAGUAUCCUCCCUGGAUGGCCCCGUGUCUCCUCUUCCUUCAGGGGGAGCAGAGCAAAGCAGGAAGAUGGUUACAAAUGUUUUAUGAGCUUUGCACUUUACCCAGCUACCGCUCCUCUCCUGCUGAAAGCUCUUUGUGGCUUUGCCAUUUUUUAAAGAAACCCUGAGCAUAUUCAUAGCACUGAAUAAACAAUACUAGCAGAAAUUCCUUUUCCAGUGCUAUAUAUACCCACCUCUCCUCCUCCUAUGUUUGCAUGGAUUUCUUUGCUGACUUCCUGUCAUUUUCAUUAGAUCACACACACACCAUUCUUAAAGCAUUAAAAAAAACAAAAAAACCUAAACGUAUUUAAAGUGCGCACAAGGUGUGUCUCAUUCAGGAUGGAUAGUCAAGUCUGAAUGACAGUGUUCAUAGUGAUGAGGACUCUUUCCUUGUUUUAUUUUGCUUUCCUGUGCAAUUGUGUGCCACCUUUUACAGUGCAAUAGCUGUGGUGUCUUUUGGUUUGUUUGUGCUUAUUUCGGAUCCUAUGGUACAUUGCAAAAAAUAGCAGCCACACAGUUAAUAGGGAAUACACUGUUUGCACUGUCUCUUUCUAAACCCCAUCUUGAUGGAACUCAUAUAUGUUCUCUCUUCAGACACAGCCGCAAUGGCUAUGUUCCAUCUUCCACUGUCAGACAUAUUAAUGUCCCUGAAUACCAGUUGCUGGGAAGCACAAGUUGGUAGAGUGUUCUUGCACUCAAGUCCUGCUAUGGGGCUUCCCAUAGUUGGCUGGCCACUGUGAGAACAGGAUGCUGGACCAGUGAGCCAUUGGCCUGAUCCAGUAGGGCUCUUCUUAAAUCCUUUGAACUGGGGAGCGUAGCAGAAGAAACACAAGAAUAAGUGAGAAACCAGCCGAUUUCUUUUUCAUUUCCUUGUAUUUAUAAGGAGAGGUGAUAUUGCUUAAGUUACCUCCGCCCCUCUUCAUACAGGUUAAUAAACAAUGAACCUAGAAUGGGUUAUCUGAUUUUCACAGCUUAAGUAAAUUAAAUUCUUUGUGUUUGUUUUUUCCACUUCAGAUUUUGGUUCAUUAAACUUCUAGUCUUGGCCGCCAUGUGCUCAGGAGCCUUUUUCAUUCCCGACCAGGAUACAUUUCUUAAAGGUACUAACUUUAAAAGAAUGGCGUGUGUUUUCUCUUCAUCUAUUACAAGGAUGGUGAACCUGUGGCCUUCUUGAUGUUUCUGGACUCCAGCUUCCAUGACCACCAGCAAGCAUGGCCAGUGUUUCGGGAUGGUGAUGGUUGGAGUCUAGGGAGCUUCUUCUAGGAGGCACUGGUCCUCUAUCUCUGAUCUACUGAGUAUCAAUUGAUAGCAGAUAACCAGAGAUGCUAGGGACGCGGGUGGCGCUGUGGGUUAAACCACAGAGCCUAGGGCUUGCCGAUCAGAAGGUCAGUGGUUCGAAUCCCCAUGACGGAAUGAGCUCUCAUUGCUUGGUCCCUGCUCCUGCCAACCUAGCAGUUCGAAAGCACAUCAAAGUGCAAGUAGAUAAAUAGGUACUGCUCCGGCGGGAAGGUAAACGGCGUUUCCGUGUGCUGCUCUGGUUCGCCAGAAGCGGCUUAGUCAUGCUGGCCACAUGACCCGGAAGCUGUAUGCCGGCUCCCUCAGCCAAUAAAGCGAGAUGAGCGCCGCAACCCCAGAGUCGUCUGCAACUGGACCUAAUGGUCAGGGGUCCCUUUACCUUUAACCAGAGAUGCUAAAUUGGUUAUGGAUGACAUCUGGCACAGUUCUUUUGAGGGAGAGUGAGAAACAGUUGAAGCAUGGUGCUGUGUUUUCUCAUCUGCUCGACUUUUGGAAGAAAUAAGCCGGAGCAGAGUGACAGGAGUAGGGACUGGAUGUCCAUGCUGCAGAUGCAAGACAGACAAGGAGAGUGUUUGUGUGAAAUGUAAUAGUUUGGACAAGAGCAGAUGAAGUUAGGCUCAUGCACUAUUACACCACUUUAACAGUCAUGGCUCCCCCUGUUUGGAGGAAAGCAAUGCCUGUUAAAGUGGUACGAGAGUCCAUUAAAUGUAUGAUGUUGCUGUGACCAGAAUCCCUUUCAAGGUUGUGCCUGAGAAACAGGCCUGCAAGCCUACCAGCAACUUGUGCAAAAAUAAAAAAGCCAAACUCUAAAAGGCCUAACUAUACAAUAAUUCAUUAAACAUAUUUGCGUCUUUUAAAAUGAUGUAUGGCAGCAGGAGUGGGGAGAAGACCUGAUUCACGCUAGAAACCAGUGGAGGAGAAUUUGACUAAUGUAUUUUAAUGUAUUUUUAAUAUUUUGUUGAAAGCCGCCCAGAGUGGCUGGGGAAACCCAGCCAGAUGUGCGGGGUAUAAAUAAUAAAUUAUUAUUAUUAUUGACUCUCCCGCACCAAAAUAAAGCUGCAGUUUGUCACAGUAGGGAAGCUGCAAUUGAUGCCGAUAACAUCUUUCCUCUCAGGGCAGUUGAGUUGGAACUUUGAAUUGUGAAUGCAGCAAAGAGGGAUAAGGUUAGCCUCCCUCUAACCCCAGCCAUGCUUCCCAUAGCUCCCUAGAAACUGCAAGUGCAAACUGCAUGUUUAACAUAGCAAAUAAGUUUUGCUUAUCCCUCCCCCUUUCAGAAAAAUACCCUGUUGAACACUUGCAGCUGCAGGAUGCUCCUUUUCUCCUUAACUUAAAGUGCCAAACAUCAGGGCUACACAAAUACAGCAUUUAUCCACUUCAUUCAUAAUGUGUGGGUGGUUGUGUAUUAUAAGAGGCAGAAAACCUUUCAUCACUUUAUUGCUGUUUGAAAAUAUGGUAGAUUCCCCCCCCCCCCAUGUGUUAGGUGCAUAUUUUCAAGCAGCGAAACUCCCAAUGAAUGCAGGAGAAAUGACUCACUAUGGAAUGUGAAAGACCUUGUUGGUAUGUCAAGCCUGAUAUGAUUAUCUCAGUCUAAGCAUAUUAGUACAGCUGGACUGCAUCGCUUGCAGUAGUCAGUGAUUUGUUCUGUUCUUCAUGUGGAACAAUUAAACCAAACUGCAUUUGAUCUUGUGCUGCCAAAAGUCAGCAGCAAUUUCAGUUAAAGUCUCCCACAAUUUCAUUAGUUUCCAAAUUGACAUUGUCUAGUAGUGCAAAAUUAGAUUUCUUGCAGAGCUUUCAUUUCAUUAUUGUAAGAUCCUGUGUCUGAACAGCAGUUCUUAUCAAUUAAGAUUAUUUGUUGUUUGUCAGAAAUGCUGGCAGAUGGCAAUCUCCAAAUCCUCUAGGUCUAGGAGGAGAAAAAUACAUGAUAGUUUAGGCUACAUGUAGAAUAUCCCAAGGCUUUAGAGAUAAGAAGGUGCUUUUAUUAACUAGUUUAGGCUGUAAGCACUCACACAUGCAAUUGCAGGAUAUCUAAUUAAUUGUCCAUAAAAUGAGAUACUUUUUGAAAAAUCAAGACAUGAAGAAGGACAACUUCAAAGUCUGCAGCUCCAUUCGCAUUCACUUCCUUGCUUUUUCAGUCCACUAACUGGACAGAAACCAGUCAUGUUGGUGGAGCACAUGUUACUAGGCCUUGUAAUGAAGCUUAGCUGCACUGAGCAGUCUCAAUGGAGUAACACACAGCCCCAUCUUGCAGCCACGCUUUUGUAUGUGCCUAUAAUUUAAUUGGCUCUUUGAUUUGAGUACUUUUUAAAUUGUGAGGACCUAAGCUGCAUUGCUGAGAUUUUGUAUGUGGUUUGCACAGAAAACCGUUGCUGAUUAGAUUGUCCCCACAUAUAAUUUAUAUAUUGAACAAAAUGUUAAUGUUGGUUUGCACUUCUCUUUCAUUAAAAAUAUGCUGUGUGUGUUUUUGGAGUGCUAAGGAACAGUGUGAAUACAAUUAUGAAUCUGCCCUUUUGGUGGGAAUACAGUAAAGCCAUCUAAAUUUGAAUCUGGAGGUAAACAUCUGGUUUCAACCACAAACUGCUGUUUGGGGUUGUCUUAUAAAGGCCCUUUGGGGCUCUUAUGCUUCACUUUCUUUCGGUUCUAAGUAUAGAAAGUCUAAAUAAAGGUUCUUAAGUAUACAGUUUUGUAUGCGCUACCCAAUAUAGUUUUAAUUCUGGGUAGCCCUGCAAGAGAAAUAUUUUACUGUUGAGUUGCCUUAUUUUGAGUAAUAUUUAUAUCCUCCUUUGUGCUUAUAUGUCUUUUAAAUAAAACUUUUAAAAUGUAAUAUUUAUUUAUUUAAAAGGCAUUUCCAAAUGACUUAAUGUUUAAAAAUCCUUAAACGGUAUACAAAGAUCCAACAUAAAAACAGUUGUAACAUAAAAAAAUAAAAAUAAAACAGUACUUGUUUCCUACUUUGUUACAUUGUUUUUAAAUGGACGCAUUGUAAUCUCAGUUUUGAGAAUUACGGUAGUUGCAAAAUGUUUUAAAAUCCUCAGAAUUUUAGAUCUGAUACUGCUUUAUCCAACCAAACGAUGCACAUUCUGCUCUUCAUGAAGUAGUGAUUGCAGUCAUAUUGCAGUGUUGAAAAUGUAAAAUGGGCUGGAACAUGGAUCGGGGAGCCUGGGACUGUCUGGUGCUGCUGGACUCCAGCUCCCAUAAUCUCUUGCAAUUGGCCAUGCUGCCUGAAACUGGUAGGAGCUGGAGUCCAGCAACAUCAGACCACAGUUUUCCCAUUCUUAGGCUAGCUGACAGAAUAUUGGACCAUCAGAAAUCUGCCAAAUACAAUUUUGGAGUGCACUUUUUGUGAACCAGUUUCUUUCCGAUUUUUGCCAUGAAUUCAUUGCUUUAAAAAAAAAACCUGUAUAGUGAAUAAAAUAAUUCAUUUAUCUGAGUCAAAACUGACAAUGCAACUCUUUACUGUCCUACAGCAUGGCGUUAUGUAGGUGCUGCAGGAGGGUUCCUCUUUAUCCUCAUUCAACUCAUCCUGCUUGUAGAAUUUGCCCACAAAUGGAAUAAGAACUGGUAUGUAUCUUGCACAUGCAUGCAUUUGUGUGAGUUUCUAUAUUGCCUUGAAUAGCAGCUGUGAUCAAAUUUAGCAUUUGUAUCAGGCAUUCUCAUAUUAUAUCUUUUAGAGUGCUUCUUUCUUAUCCAUGCUGCUUCCUUUAUUCCUGACUCUGGGGUUUGGUGUUUUUUUUUGGUCUUUCACUUACUAUUUAUUACAAGCUGUUUCUUUGAGUGACUAUCACAGUUUUUAUCGCUGCAGAAAACUUUCACAUGCAUGGUGCAACAGUGCCUUCAUUACUCUUUUUCAUUCCACAAAUGUUAGAAAUGCAUGAACUUUGGAAGAGAAAGAAAUGUAAACCUCUUGAGAUUUCUGCAUUAUACUCAAAUGCUGGGGGGGGGGGCAGUGUUUGCCUCUCUGAGGAGUCCUCAGCCCUUGUACUUUUGGCGAACGUGCUGACGAUUGGUUGCUUCAUUGAUGUGCGAUUGGGUGUGUUGGUCCUGCAGGUGAAUGAUUUUCGCCUCCCCUCCAAAACAACUCUGGGCAAUUUCCCCCCAUUUUAUCAAUUUGGAGUCCCAAAAAAGAGGAGGCGUCUUAUACAUGGGGGCAUCUUAUACACGGAAAUAUAUGGUAGUUUUUGUGCUUCCCGAUAGAUCCUGUUCUGUUUCAUUCCGCUGGACCCAAAUUCAUUUUCAUGGAACCAAGCACUGACUUUUCUAGCCUUGAAGGUUCAUCCUAUAGCUGGUCACAAUUUACUGUAUUAUAAUCCCUCCAGACAUGCAUAGACCAUAUCAGUUUGUGAAUCCUGUAUGCAGUAGGCCAUGCUCACUUCAAAUAAUUAAGGCAUGGCUUGUUCUUCUUUAGAAGUGUCCAUUGUAUUAAACAAUAUAAAUACAGCAAAUUUUCCCCAUAAUGAACUAUCCUCAUGAGGAUACCUCUUGACAAUGAAUCCAUAGAAUUCAUUUGCUUUCCCUUCAGCUAAAUACAUGCUGCCCUUUUCUUUCCCCAACAGGACAUCUGGCACAAGGCACAAUAAGCUCUGGUAUGGCUCCUUAGCUCUUGUGACUCUCAUUUUGUACUCCGUCGCUGUUGGAGCUCUGAUUGUGAUGGCUGUCUUUUACACACGUGCCGAUGGCUGCAAUUUUAACAAGAUCCUGCUUGGCGUCAAUGGCGGCUUGUGCUUGCUUAUUUCAAUGAUAGCCAUCUCACCUUGUGUCCAAAACCGUAAGCAAGCUCUUUUGGUCUGGUAUUACUUUAGCUGGAACUACUGUUGAUUUCCUUGGCCGUAACUGAACCUCAAUAUAUUUAGAAGUAGAAUUUUGCCUGCGUUUUGGGACUUGUCUGUUUGUCACAGUCUCUGACCCAGCAGCUGAAUUUCUCUUGUGUAAAAUAAUCCGCCAGCACCCACUGUCAAUUCUGACAGCCCAUCUGUAUAAGCCUGCUGUAUAGCCCCAUCAGGUCACAGCACUGCUGUGGCUUACCUGCAUGCAUCAAUUUGCCAUAUGUAUUGAGAGGAAGGACUGUAGCUUAGUUGCAGAACACAUCCUUGGCAUGCAGAGGGUCCCUAGAUCAAUUCCUGGCAUCUCCAGUUAAAAAAGGAUCGGAUAGCAGAUGCUGUUAAAUGCAUAUUUCUGAGAACCACUGCCAUGCUGGACUAGAGGAAUGAAUAGGCAGCCUUCUAGAGGAAUCUUUGCAUUAUUAUUACUACUUAUGGGUUGGAGCCAGACUAACAGCACAAUCCAAACCCAAGAUCCACCAGGAUGUGCAAGCUUAGAGUAGGCAGAUCUUGGAGGGAUGGUGUAACUCUCUCAACCCAGCUGAACUGGAGCUAAUCUGACUCAGUUGGCAGAAUCUAUGCUGGUGUAAAAUCCCCAGAAAAGUUCAUUCUUGGGGUGAGGCAAGGAGAGACUUAAGCCAACCUCUGUCAGCAGAACUUAGAGCACCAAAAAGGUUGGUGUAAAUCAAACUCAAUUUUAAAGGUUUGUUUUCCUUUUACCAGACUUAGGCUGCCUCAGCUCUGCUUCUGAACAAAAUUUGGAAUAGGGAUAACUUACGCCAUCUUAAUUUAAGCCAGUAUAAAUUUUGCCAGCUUCCUGUGCUUAGAAUUACUUAAUUAGUCAUGCUUAUAAUAGACUCAUCGAAAUCAGUGAGACUUAAGUUAGUGAUAGUUUCACAGAGGUUUUAAGUUCAAUGCUCCUCUUAGCCAUUUAUGUCUUCUAAGACUUGCUUAUCCAUUUGAGUCUUUAAUAUCAAGCCUUUGGUGACAGAAAACAUUCAGGGAUGUAAAUGAGUUAGGGUAACUCUGAAUCCCCCUUCCCUUUUGACAGACCAGCUAUGAGAGCAAAUUGUAUUGUGUCUUUUACUUGCCACUUUUGGAAAAAUCUAAUUCUAAAAAUAAAAUAAAAAUCGCAGUAGGAAUUAGUGGGUUAGAUCCAAAGCUUUUGUUAAAAAAGAAAAUAUACAUUUCCAUUCUCUAAAAGCUUUUCAAAAAUGUAUUAAAACAAUUAUUAUUAAUAAUAUUCCAUUUUUUAACUUUAGGUCAGCCACAUUCUGGCUUGCUGCAAUCAGGCAUUAUCAGCUGCUAUGUCAUGUAUCUCACCUUUUCAUCUCUUUCAAGCAAACCACCAGAAACUAGUAAGUUUAGUUUGGAUCAGGAAUUAUAUGUGCAUUUACACCAAUGGCAAUAUAAAGGUCUCGGCUUCACUUGUUAGUAUACUGUUGUAGUAUUCAUAUCAGGACAUGAAUCUAUCCUAUAUUGUUCAGGCUAUGCCAGCCUUGCCUAGCCUGGUCUCCUAUAACUCUCAUCAUCUCUGAUAAUUGGCCCUGUUGGUUGAGGCUGAAGGAAACUGUAGGCUUAACUAUCUGGAAGGCACCAGGCUGGGGAAGGUUAAUAUAUAUAUUUUAGCUUCAGCUGAUACAUAGAAUGUAGAGUGUUCUUCGGUUUUAUUUCUAGCAAUUAAAAAAAAAAGAAAUACUUUAAUGUCUUGUUUGGAAGAUGUUAUAUGAUUACUACUGGGGGGGGUUAUUUUUAGAAUAUGAUGUGUCACUAACUCAAAAAAAUGAGAAAGUAUGUUUUGGGGGGUGUAGAACAGGCAUGGGAAACCUAUGGCCUUCCAGGUGUUGUUGGACUCCAACUGCCAUCAAGGUCCCCAAUCAGCAUGGCCAAUGGUCAGGGAUGAUGAGAAUUGUAGUCCAACAACAUCUAGAACGCUACAGUUUCCCUCUCUUGGUGCAGAGUGUAAUAGCUGGUUGUUGGGGUGAGUGGGGGAAAGUGAUGCUUUUCAGACCUUGCCAUUUAGUCAUAAUGGCAUGAAUAAAAGUGAAGAAUGAAUGAAUGAAUGCAGCAAACCGUAAAAUAGAAAAGAACAACAGCAAGUUUAGCCUUUUCAGUAGUACACUGUGUUUCAUUAUGGAUCAUAUAGAUUUUAUUAAUUUAAAAAUACAGUUUUAGGAUGUAUCAAAUCAUAUAACUGAAAGAUAAAAUGAGCCAUGCCAAUUGUGAUUUUUUUUUCCAAGUCCUAGAUGAGAAUCAGAAGAACAUCACAAUCUGUGUACCUGAAUUUAGCCAGGGGCUACAAACGGAUGAAAACUUGGUGACUGGACUGGGUACUGCCAUCCUGUUCUGCUGCAUUUUAUAUUCUUGGUAUGUCUUGCGUUGCAGUUGUAAUGAAGUAUUCAAGUAACUGAAUAGAAUUAGAAAACUUGCAUCAGUCUACUUUAUUUGGCCCUAUAACCGGCAGGAGAAGUAUUACUGGUGGUGCUGUCACUGGGUGCUGCCCAGUUUGUGCUGACCUAUAGCAGGGCCUUCCUGGUGAUGGUUCCCCAUUUGUUGAAUAUCCCCCUUCCCCACUGUGAAAUGCAUCUUUCCAUUGUGGUUAACAUUAAAACAUUCCUGUUCACCCAGGCAUCUGAUAGUUGAUUGUUCCUGGCAAUCUUAGCUGGUUUUAAAUGCUUUUAAAUGUUCUUAAUGGUUUUAGUUGUUUUUAUCUAAUUGCCUUGUUUUGCUUUGUUGUUUCCUAUCAUGAGCUUCUCUGGGAGGAUUGAGGGGGCAGAAAUUUAACUAAUAAAUACUUCUGAGGGAGGUAGCAGUUAUUAUUUGGCACCAAUUCAACAUACAAUUUGAUGUCUGCUAAAUGUAUAUUGGCGUGUGUAAAUUAUGAAGCUACUAUAUAAGCGAACAGUAAGGCAGGGAGUCCCCAUCUAUAUGCUUGGGUCAGUACAGAGGUACCAUCCUAAAGAGAUGAUGAUACAAUCUUUGUAGUUUAAUUAGAGUCCAUUAAGAGGCCAUAUUAUUGCUGGUAUUCUAAUAGAAAUUAUGGUACUAGAGUCAAAAUGUUUACACAGUGCAUAGAGAUCCAUCAUACCAGUAUUAUGUAAUCUUCCUAAUAGUGUUUCUCUAGUACAACAUGUACAUUUUUUCCUUGCCUUGAUGUAAGAGGGCAUUUACAUACUGUUUCUCUCAAAGAACAUGAAUGAGUGAAAUAGGCUCUAAAGUAGUACAAAACCUGUAAAACUGAAGUUUCCUCCCACUAGAGUGGUCUUUACAAAAUCUGAAUGGUAUGUCCUUUUGGUGUGUAGUAUGUUGAUUUUGAAGAAACACGAAACUGGUAAAAUAUCUGUCCCCUUCAUCUCGAAACCUCUAGUGGAAGAUUGAUUAAACCUAAGUUCCUGUGGAAAGAGUAUGUCUGCCGUGCUCAUUCAUAUACAGAUACAAGUUUUUACUGGGGCUGUGCACCAGAUUCAGCUGGUCCAAACCAAAUUAGACCAAUUUUGGGGUAUCUGGUUUUGGGUUGGACCACCUGGAGCAAUGCAGAGCUAUCGGGAGGUGAAGCAUUGGGUGCAAAGACUGAAGGGGUCUGUUUUGCUAGUGUGUUCCUUGUUUUCUCUAAUGUCUGGCAAACUAUUAGGAAACACCAUUUCUACAGAGGUUUCUGGUUGCAGCAGGAGUCUGUCUUCCCCAAAGGGUCAACUUCUAUUAAACAAUCCUUUUGGAGCUAUCGGGCCUCCUCUGUUCCACUGAAUUCAUUUGGGACUAGUGCCUUCCAGAAAUUAUUCAACCUAUUGUUAGAAAAGAUGUCUCUUCAGCAAGGCUGCUUCUAAGAAUGACGCAUUCCCACUGAUUAAUUUCUGCUUUCCUGUUUGUGUCUAGCUUGACCUCAACAACGCGUGCAAGCUCUGAAGCCCUGAGAGGAAUAUAUGCCACACCGGAAACUGAAGUGAGUUAACAUUUUUCUUUGUUCUGCAGUAUGUCUCUUUCUGCCAAGUCCAUGCACUCUCUCAUGGAAAGUUCCAUAUGCUCCACACACGCACAUUUGCAGUUUCCUCAUUAGCAUUUACAAGAUACUAGGUACAAGCAUAACACAUUCUUGUUCUGUGCAAAAACUCAGGGCUGUUUCAAUAUUAUUGUAGAACACGAUCGAAUGUUGGCAUUGUGGUGGUCACAUUGAAGAAACUGCAAACUAUACCUGUCUUUGCUCUGCAAGAUGUUUUUAAGCUUUGGUACUUGAGCUUUCUCCUCAUAAGUCACUGAUAUCAAGCUCUUGUUAUCUUUUAAGAACUGUAACCCCCACAAAGCAGUUACAACCUGCUCCCCAAGUUCUCUCAUGUGGCUAAAAGCUCCCAGGUUUAUUUGCCUGGAUCUCGCUGGAAAAGUCUCACUUGCUCAAACUUACUGUUCUUACCUUUAGAGCUGCUACCUUGGUGGUGUGAUAUCCCUCCCACUAAAGAAAAAUCUUCUGCAUAGCCAAACUUCCACAUUACAGUGGUAACACAUGUAUGCAAAUGUCAGUCAUGUGGUUUGACCAGAUUUUGUGUUUAGUUCUUAUGCCAGUGUAUAAGCAGUUGUGUAAGUUUCUAGGAGUUUCUGGUACUUAGCUGAAAAUAUGUUCAGGCAGUGCUGAUCUCCAGUUGGAGGCAGGAACCUGAAUUCAAGUGGUUAUGCACAGGCUUAAGGAGAGUCAUCUACACACAAAAUUGCAUAUUUGCUUUGUUGUAAUUGCACCUUCUUUUUAAAAAGUUUGUUGUGCAAUUCAAACAACUGAGGCUCAUCUGGCAAAUAAACAUACCUUCAGAAAGUAUAAACAAUGAGAGGGGGGAAUCCUGUGUGCUUCAAAGUAUGGGAGCUGCCUAGUCCUUGCUCCCCCAUACACACACACAGUAGUGUGGUAGGGGGAGUGAGUGAAAAUUGUUUUAUAGCACGAUCUGUCUACAGAAACUUGAUUCAUUAAAUAGUUCAUAGGAUUUAUGCACUAGUUCAUUUUUAAUGUGUGGCAUGUUACACUGGAACGACCUGUGGAGCAGCAAUUAAUGUAUUUUUUAAAAUGGAAUAAUCUGAAGUGACAAAACUGGUCCAGUGUUCAUUGUGGCGAUGUCAAGUCUAUACAGUAACUGGUCCACAAUGUCACAUUAUAGCAUAGUUUUUAACACAAGUAGUGUGCUGGUGCACAUUGCUCAAAUGUUCCCGAGUUACUCCUCCCCUACUAACCCUUUCCUGCACUGGGCAGGCUGGUUACAUGUGAACUAGCACUUAGGGUUUGUUUCCCUCAAACAAGCCAUGAUUGGAAAGCCGAGGUUUGCUUUAAAAUAAACUGUGGUUUAAUGUGACUUGUGAACCAGUUCAGCAUGCCAGAUGUUCCCAGUGUAGAUCAAAUAUGUUUGGAGUGACCAACUUCCUCUGAUCCUUAUUAAACAUUUAAUGCAAAAAUCUCAGGUUUGUUGUGCUAAUAGAAGUUCUGAAAGCAUUUAAAGUUAGAAUAGUUUCAGAUGGCAGCCAAAGUACAGUACUUCAAAGAAAUGACAGCUCCUUGUGUGGGGCUUUGGCAGAAAUGUAGCUGGCUUAGUUCUUGCCAUCGCUAUGCUGCCAGUUUUGUUCUAGCUAGUUGGUUGGCCUGAAAUGUUGGCCAUGUGAUUUAGCACGCCUGUCACUUGCAAGCAGCACUGUCAGGGAGCGCUCUUAAGUGUGUUGAUUCUCCUUUUGCUGAGUGAGAGACAACACAGAUGGAUUCUGUCUGGGACGAGAGUCCAAGCUGCAUGAGAGAGCUCUGAACCGCUGUACUAAAGUGGAGCAUAAUAGAAUUACUUUUAGAUCAUUUGCUCUUAAAGAAUGCUACAAGAACCAUUGCAUAGUAACAUAAAGAAAAGGGUAGCAGCAGGCAGCUUAUUGUGCGCUUCAUUCUUCCCCAUGACAGAAGGGCUUUUGUCUCCUGAUUAGAAAUGUAAACAUAAUUCUUCAGCUGCAUCUGUUAAAUAGGAAGCCUUUCUUGCAUCUAAACUAUAGACUGUUACCCACAUUAUGGAGAGCUCUUGGCAUGCAUGGCAACAUUGCUAAUUGGAUCUCUCAAGAAUUUGCAAGGCUUGAAUGUCUGAUAAAUCUAACCAUAUAUGUUGCCGUCUUAGACAACUGGAAGGCAAAAACUAGAGCAAUUAUCAAAAGUGUUUUAAAUUUUAAACUCAAACGGUUAUGGAAGCAAUGCACAGAAUUGAAUUCCUACCUCAAUAGCAUUCAUUGAAAGUAUUUUGCCUGUGUCUGUGUCAGACUUAAGCAUUCAACCAUGUGGUCAAAGGAAAAUAUUUUUUUUUUAUGUAGGUUAAUGGCAAAUAAAGCAACAUUCCUGUGCUGCCUGGAAAAAUAAUAAUUUGUUUAUAAUAUCGCAAUGUGGUGCUUUUUGCAUUUUUAAAGAAUUGUGUUUCUCAGUGUACCUCUUUUACCCAAUCUCAGGAGAAAUCCAAAAUACUCUCUCACUUUUUAACUAUUUCAUUAUACUGUGUUACUUUCAAAAAUCUGUGCAUUUAUCAUAACAUUUGUAUGUGUAAUUUUUCCCCUAUAUGAAUUCUUGGUUUCCUGCCAUCACCAUUACUGAAGUCUUGCUAAAUAUCAAGUAGUCUAAAUUUAUUUUUUGUUGUUUUGAUUGAAAGCCCCUCAUGUUUCUGCAUGUUUAAUUGUUUUUGUCCUGGUAAAUGUAGCCUUCUCUUGUUUUCUGUAUUUAUGGUAUAGGUGGCUCGCUGCUGUUUCUGCUGUACUCCUGCUGAAGAUGGUAGGAAUUCAUUCUUUCAUGCAACUCUACUUCCAUAGUGAUACAUACAGUGGUACCUCGGGUUAAGUACUUAAUUUGUUCUGGAGGACCGUACAUAACCUGAAACUGUUCUUAACCUGAAGCACCACUUUAGCUAAUGGGGCCUCCUGCUGCUGCCGCGCUGCCGGAGCAUGAUUUCUGUUCUCAUCCUGAAGCAAAGUUCUUAACCCGAGGUACUAUUUCUGGGUUAGCGGAGUCUGUAACCUGAAGCGUAUGUAACCUGAAGCGUAUGUAACCCGAGGUUCCACUGUACUACCUUGAAAAAGGGAGUGAGCUGCUUGUGUUUGUAGACCACUUCUUACCUUUUUGUGUACUUUUUUUUUUUUACAUUGGAAUGGACAUUUCUCCCUAACUAGCGCAUGCUUUCUCUUGCGAAGUGAGGGAUGCAAGAAUACAUAGGAAAGCUGUGGGGGCAGGGCAUCCAUUUCUCCGCCCCUUUUUGAUGCAUAGAGACAGUUCAGUAAGAGGUAGUCAAAGUGUUUUCCCUGACGCAUUCUGAGAACUUUCUGCACUUAGUAAAUGGCAACAGCCAAACGAUCCUUGGAAUAGGAAGAGAGAGGUUGUGUGCGAUUUGCCCAGUAAACCCAAGAAUGCCAGCGAUACAAAUAGCUGUGUGACAUGUUCUGCUCAGAGCUAAAGGCUGUUUACUCCAAAUGUUGGCAUAGGGCAACACUGUAAGAAACCUUAAAUGCAUGUAAAACACUUGUAAAGCCAAAGACGCAUAGAUAUUAUGGAACACUUUCUAUCGAAGUACAUUCCGUCUUCUCAAAGGGUGGGUUAUUUUUAUUUUACUUUUUAGAUUUCGCUAUGGUGUGUGGAGAAAGUAGAUAUGUAUAACUACAGGGAAGAGAGUCGUGCAACUUAAAAUAACAGUUGCAACCACAGGGAUGUUAAUUACAGGCACUGCUUUUCAAACAGAGAGAACAUCUGUGGAUGGAAAAUGGCAUAGUUCUUUUCUUGCUUAUGUGUUGGUGUGGUGCAUAUAGUAAGAGAUUCAACUCCUGUUUUGACUUGUUCUGUUCAAACCAUACUCAUUCUAACGUCGCUUGCUCUGCUCCCAAAUAGUUCUAUCUCUCAGUGAUUCAUGCUGGAGAGUGGGAAGAGGACGAGCACAUUACAGCUGCCCCAUCCAGUUUUGUUGCGAGCUUCGCUUUUUUUGUUCUGCAAUACUCAUAGUGCGCAAGCUCUCCUGAAUGGGGAACUAUAUAUAGCAUGUGAUUGCGUAAAGUUUCAUGACAGCUGCAGUAAUUUAAUUGUUUGGGAAAUUCCCAACCUUGCCUUUCUGAGGAGCAUGUACCGUAUUUUUCGCUCUAUAAGACGCACCAGACCAUAAAACGCUCCUAGGUUUUGGAAGAGGAAAACAAGAAAAAAAAUAUUCUGAAUCCCAGAAGCCAGAACAGCAAGAGGGAUCGCUGCGCAGCCUGCAUUCGCUCCAUAAGACACACACACAUUUCCCCUUACUUUUUAGGAGGGAAAAAGUGAGUCUUAUAGAGCAAAAAAUACGGUAAGUUUGUAAGAAAAGGUUGCUUUUGUGGGCUGUGACUCAUAGCUUUUGAGAGUCCCCGAUAGGCACUCAAGUAGCAACAAGCCCCUCUUCCUACAGCUCCAGGCAAUGGUUUCCAGAGGUCCAGAUACUACAGUACAAAAUGUGUGAAGAGCAUCAUUUUCCAAAGGGAUUGCACUUGAAUAAGUUGCAGGUUUUGCUGGCAGGGCAGGGCCUUACUCAUAUUGGGUCACAGAUCAGAAAUAAUUUUUUCUGGCAAAAACUGUAUUUCAUACAUAUUCUAUUCAUUAACUGUGCUGUUUGCAUGCAUUCUCUUCUCUGAAAUCUGUUCCCGAGUACCAACAGUAACUUACGAUGCUGUGUUGAAUCUGGGAAGAUGAACUGAGUACCAGGCGCUGGAAGCUCUUGUCACCAUAAAUUGACAAAUAAAUGCUUCAAGCAGAGAAAGGCAAUAGCUCAGUGAUAGAGCAUAGCAUUUGCAUGCAAAGGUUCCCAGGUUCAGUUAUUUUAGCCCCCCAAUCAGACUGGCAAAGGCUUCGCCAUUCUAGUGGAAGCCUCCCUUGGAUCCUAGUUCCCUCUGCUUACAACUGCAGGUCUCCAUUGUUCUCAGAAUAUGACAUUACCUCAAAAUCAUUUGAUCUCCAGCCUGACAGCAGUGUGCCUGCUUAGCCUUCACAGCAAGCUAUAGACUUGGUUCUCUUUUAUUUUUGCUCCCCUGCACUUUAUGUCUCCUCCUCAGCCUGGGUUGUGCUUAUUUCACCUGUCCAGAAGUUUGAAGUUCCUACAUUCCACCUUCAGUAGGGAGCUUUUACCUCCAUGAGAAGCACAUGUCACACAACUGCAAGUUACUUUGGAAAAUCCACUAAUGGGAGUUUUACCAUUAGCUGAAUGACACUGUUGGAUACAAGCCAAUGUAAUCUUCAGUUACAUUGUACAACAAUGAAUAUUGCAGAAGACAAAGCAGACAAAAUAUACCAAUUACUCUCAGACAGGAAAACUGAGUCAACAGUAAUAAACUCACACCUUUGAGUUCAUUUGAACCCAAAGCCCUGCCAUAAUAGAAAGAUCUUUAGUUUUAUAUCUUUUCAUAUCAGGAAGGAACCAAACAAACAUCCUCAGUUAGAACAUUUCUUAAAUUAAAAUGCAACUUUCCCCCUUGGUUACAUUCAGUACCUUGAUUCUUCCUGGCCCAGAAUAACAAGGCCAGUGUCUUCCUUAGCAAAGUCCAUUUUAAAUAUAAUUAAUUUCCCAAAGACUAUAAUAAGUGCUUAUGGAACGCUUGUGCUUUUGUAUGACCUGAAAGAUGAGUGCUCUUCCUAAAAUGUGGGUGGGUGAUCUGACACUAAGUAAAAGCGAAACAAAAGAAGUGCCAUGGUCAGAUCACUUCCUGGUGCAACUGGACUUCUCCGCGAUCCUUCCCCUCUGAAGGGAGGUGGGACCAAUUCUGAUGGUCCGCCCCCGCCACUUAAUGUAUCCAAAUGGUUUCCAGAGAGUGGUAGGGGAUGCUUUAUCCCAUGUUGAUGGCCUUUCAGCUGAUUCCCUGGUGGCCCGCUGGAAUGCGGAGUUAACCAGGGCUAUCGACUGUCUGGCUCCGAGCGCCCUCUCCAAUUGCAUGGAGCCCGGACAGCCCCGUGGUUUUCUUCGGAGCUGAGGGUGAUGAAACAAUCGCUGAGACGGCUAGAGCGUCGGUGGCAGAAAACUCACUCCGAAUCUGACCGGACACAGGUUAGAGCUCAACGUCGAGCCUACCAAGUGGCGAUAGCGACGGCGAAGAAGACUAUCUUCACCGCCUCUAUUGCAUCUGCAGAAAAUAGUAGCAGGAGACUCUUUCAGGUGGUCCGCAAUUUAAUGGAACCACCUUUACCACCGGGGCCUUGUAAAGACCCCAAGAUCUCCUGCAACAAUUUUGCAAAGUUUUUUGCAGAUAAAAUCACUCAUAUUCGGAAGGAGCUAGACACCACCGUGGGAGCAGGGCUGGGGCGGGAGAGUGCUAGAGCCCUGUCUGGUCAAGUUGCAUGGAAUCAAUUUCAAUCCGUUACCCCCGAGGAUGUGGACAGGCUGCUUGGAUGCAUGAAACCAGCCACCUGUCUCCUUGAUCCUUGCCCAUCCUGGCUAAUAAAAGCAAGCCAGGAAGGGCUGGGCGAUGGGCUCUGCAGGGUGGUGAAUGCUUCCCUCUGUGAGGGAACAUUCCCAGAUCCGCUGAAAGAGGCAGUCAUUAAACCUCUUCUUAAAAAACCAUCUUUAGACCCGGCCAGUAUGGCCAACUAUCGCCCAGUCUCAAAUCUUCCAUUCGUGGACAAGGUGAUUGAGCGCAUGGUUGCUGAACAACUCCAGGCACGCCUGGAGGAUGCGGACCAUUUGGAUCCCUUCCAAUCGGGAUUCAGGCCUCAUCAUGGGACUGAAACUGCCUUGGUCGCACUGGUUGAUGAUCUCCGACGAGCUAGGGACAAAGGUGAGAGUUGUUUCCUAGUUCUGCUGGAUCUCUCAGCGGCCUUUGAUACAAUCGACCAUAACAUCCUUCUGGACCGUCUAGAGGGGCUGGGAGCUGGGGGCACUGUUAUACAGUGGUUUCGCUCUUUCCUCCUGGGCCGUGUUCAGAAAGUGGGGGGGGGGGAUGAGUGUUCAGACCCCUGGGCUCUCACUUGUGGGGUGCCUCAAGGUUCCGUCCUCUCCCCCAUGCUUUUUAACAUCUAUAUGAAGCCGCUGGGAGAGAUCAUCAGGGGGUUUGGACUGGGUGUCCAUCAAUAUGCAGAUGAUACCCAGCUCUACCUCUCUUUCAAAUCAGAACCAGUGAAGAUGGUGAAGGUCCUGUGUGAGUGCCUGGAGGCGGUUGGAGGAUGGAUGACGGCUAAUGGAUUGAAGUUGAAUCCUGACAAGACAGAAGUACUGUUUUUGGGGGACAGGGGGCGGGCUGGUAUGGAGGACUCCCUGGUCCUGAAUAGGGUAACUGUGCCCCUGAAGGACCAGGUGCGCAGCCUGGGAGUCAUUUUGGACUCACAGCUGUCCAUGGAGGCACAGAUCAAUUCUGUAUCCAGGGCAGCUGUCUACCAGCUCCACCUGGUACUCAGGCUGAGACCCUACCUGCCCGCAGACUGUCUCACCAGAGUGGUGCAUGCUCUAGUUAUCUCCCGCUGGGACUACUGCAAUGCGCUCUACGUGGGGCUACCUUUGAAGAUGACUCGGAAACGACAACUAAUCCAGAAUGCGGCAGCUAGACUGGUGACGGGGGGCGGCCGCCGAGACCACAUAACACCGGUCUUGAAAGACCUACAUUGGCUCCCAGUACAUUUCCGAGCACAAUUCAAAGUGCUGGUGUUGACCUUUAAAGCCCUAAACGGCCUCGGUCCAGUAUACCUGAAGGAGCGUCUCCACCCCCAUCGUUCUGCCCGGACACUGAGGUCCAGCGCUGAGGGCCUUCUGGCAGUUCCCUCAUUGCGAGAAGCAAAGCUACAGGGAACCAGGCAGAGGGCCUUCUCGGUAGUGGCGCCCGCCCUGUGGAACGCCCUCCCAUCAGAUGUCAAAGCGAUAAACAACUACCUGACAUUCAGAAGACAUCUCAAGGCAGCCCUGUUCAGGGAAGUUUUUAAUGUGUGAUAUUUUAGUGUAUUUUUGGUUUCUAUGGAAGCCGCCCAGAGUGGCUGGGGAAACGCAGCCAGAUGGGCGGGGUACAAAUAAUAAAUUAUUAUUAAAUUAUUAUUAUAAAAUGGCAUUCUGCUUGUUUUUCAAAGUAAAUGAGUAGUGUUAAAGAUUUAGCCCUGAACCAAAUCUUAACUUUUUUUUUUAAUGUGUGUUUGGUUUCACAGCAGAUGUUGAAGAGCCUAUUGGCAGAAAGAGUGGCCAGAGAGUAAUUUAUGAUGAAAAGAAAGGGACUGUAUACAGCUAUGCUUAUUUCCACUUUGUGUUCUUCCUGGCUUCUCUCUAUGUGAUGAUGACGGUCACCCACUGGUUUCAGUAAGUCACAUUCUUGGAAUAAAAGGUUAUAGCACUGAGUGGGUAUGCUACCAUAGUGGCUUGGUGCUAAACAGGAUAUUCCUGGUUAAAUCUCAGCUUACCCACAAACCUACUUUGUCUUAGUCUCACUCCUCUGCUUCCCUGCAGUAUGGGGCUAAUAAUACUGGCCUUACAAGGCUGUUGUGAAGAUUAAUAUGUAAUUGGGUAAUAUAUAUGCAGCACUUGAAAUGUGUGAUAUAAAUUAUAACCAUUGUUUUGUGUUAUGUGUAUUUAAUAUCCUGUCCUUGGUGAAGUUAGCUUGUCUUGAUUUGAAUGGUGAUAAACUUAGCUUACAUUUGAACAUGUCAAAGCACUGCAACACGUGAAUGAAACUGUUGAACUUCUAACAAAAAUAUGCAACUUAUUAACAUCAGUUUCAUUUCCAGAAGACUGAAGAUUAGCCAAUGUGAUACAGAUUAAAAAAUAUAUUAGGGGGGGGGGAAAUAAAUAAAUUGCAUGACCCACCAGUCUAAUUUCUGGCCCUGUUAAAUUGGUUAAAUUAUUAAGCAUGAGUAAGAGUGCAAUCCAGGAACCUUUUCCUGAAGUAAGCCCCAUUGAAUUUAGAACAUUUCUGAGUAAAUAUGCAUAGGGUUGCACUGUAGCUAGAAUGAUUAAACAAAGAAUAAUGAAAUGAACCUUGCAGAAGAUGAAAUUCUUUAUUGAAAUUGCACCUCACUUUUCUCAGCGUGGCUUCUGCAAAACGAUGUCCUGCCUUAUCAGCCUUUUAUAAUAACAACAAAUGGGUUAGCCAACUCAUUUACACCCAUCUCUUAUUUUUAUCUUUCUAGUUAUGAAAGUGCUGCAAUUGAAAAAUUCUUUGCUGGAACCUGGUCAAUAUUCUGGAUUAAGAUGGCUUCCUGUUGGGUGUGUGUCCUCCUCUACGUUUGGACUCUUCUGGCUCCUUUCUGCUGCCCAACUAGAGAAUUCUCGGUGUGAAGCUGUUUCUGGUACAAGUCCAUCAGCUUAGGGAAUGGCAAAAUAAAUCUGAGUACUAGCUAUCCUAACCUUGAUGUUUAGGAUACUACAUUAACUCUUAUGAAAUCACACAUGUAGAGUCUGGUUUUGAAAACUUAUUUACAUUACGUGAAUUAAGAGAGCCUGGAGAACAAGUUUAGUUAAAAGUGGCACUUCAGUCUGGAAGUCAAAAGUUCUAGAUUCUCUUAAACAUAAUUGGUGAUAAGACUGAUGCUGACAUGUUACAGUCCUCGCAGACAUUGAUCCCCACUUUUUUUGUUGACAAAGAAACCAAACCCGUAGAUUACAAAAUGGAACUUAAAACUUCACUGAGAUGAAGAUGUUGUCAUGGGUGGGAACAACAUCAGCUUGAGGGGUUUUUUUCCUCUCUAUUAGAUGCUCAUAGUAAAUUAUUGGAAAUGUAGAUUGUGGGUGAAAAGGAUUUGUGGGUAUAGAAAUAUUUAUUUAUGCUAUUAAUGAAAGGCACCUUUAUGAAUCACUGGGUGACAUGAUGUAGAAUCUGAAAACCUGACUGGGAUGCAAGACACUGUAAAGGUUGGUGCAAUUGAAAGUUGUUAUAAGUCACUCUGGGAGUGAAUGCAUCUAAUAAAAUAUUCAGAACAGAAGCAGUGAGCAACAAAAUACAAAUCUGCCUAUAGCUAGCCUAGUAAGUCUGGAGAGUUUCCCAUUUUUUGCAGGGCUUGUUAAGAGUCUACAAUGUGUAAACUUAUUUAAAACUGUGAUCUAAUAGAGUUUAAGAAAUCAGGUAAAUACUUAUAUUGUAAAGUAGCCGUACCCUGAAAAAUAAUCGGGAAUGUUCAGAAUUUGUUUACAGAAGUUUCUUUUUUAAAAAAAUAAUCCAUCACUUUUUUGAUCCCAGAUUUCAUCCCUAAAUACGUUUUGAUGUGAUUAUUUUAUAUCAAUUAUGGGUAGAGGAUUACAAGGAGACAAAGCAAAUUUAACUCAUUGUAAUAUCAACGGUCUAACUUCUAUUUCCCAUGCAUACCAAAGUCCACUUAGUGAGUCUUUCUUUACUAGGAUCAGAACUAACUUUUUGCAAGCCCUUAUAUGUGAGUGGAGGAAUGUUGCAAGAGAAAACUAUUGGGUCAUAACUAUUUAGUGCACAAAGCCUGCAAUCCUAUACACACUUACCUGGAAGUAAGAGCCAUAUAAUAAAAUAGGACUAGAUUCUGAGUAACCAUGCCUCAAAUUGUGCUGUGUACUAUUUUAAUCAUAAACGAAAGGGCAUGCAUGCUUCAAAUAUUAGCAUAUUGCUUUUUAGAUUCGUUUUAAUGUUAAUGCAUGCCAAUGUCUCCGAUGAAAAUUAAUGGCAGAAAUUUAAGUAGUAACAUGCUAACUGUGAGGUUAGCUGUGGUAUCUCAGCUGCCAUGUUCCAGUAAGUUGUUUUGUUUAAAAAAGCAAAUUAAUGUAGUUCAAUUGUUAAAACAAAAGGUGCUUGAGUAGGGGUUGUGUGGCCCACCUAGGAAAUGCUCUAAAGCUUUGGCUAUUGUAUUAACUUGCAACAGCUGCUUUUGCUUAAUAUUUCCUGAUAAUUGGAGAUGGCAGCCAUCUGUCAUUGACAGAGGAGUGCUGCUUUUCAGAGUAAUGAAGACUCCUUAAACUUCAAUUCCAAGGUUUGAACCAACAGAUAUGCUCACUUUUCCUGUUUUAUCUUGCUUAAUUAGUUAGUUACUUAUUCCCCCCCCCCUACUAGUUUAUGCAGGGCUUAGUGAAUUCUAUAGGGCUGGUUGGCAUGCAUAUAUAGAGGAGCUGCAUGUUACCAGGGCUUUGUUGAUUGAGCAUUCUGAAGCAGAAAGCAUCAGCAAAAUCCUAAAGCAUCUUAAUAGGAUAAAUUGAUCCAAUCAGGGGAAGCUCAGUUUUCACUAGCCAGAUCUUUGAGGCACCUGGUUUUUCUGUAAUGAAUUCAGCUUCUGUGUUUAAAGCUAGGGUAGCUAACCUGUUGGACUCUACCUCCCAUGGGGACCAGCUGGCCUGGCCCACAGGCAGGGAUGAUUGGUCUUGCAGGAUCUGGAGGGCCAAAGGGUAGCAACCCUUGGUUUAAAGAGAGUGAUAACCUGCUUUGGAACACCAGUCUCCAUGUUUCCUCAGAUUACUUGAGAACUUGUUAUUCUCUAAUCAAACAGAACAGCAUUUGCUGUAUCAAGCAAGCCUUUUCUAAUUGAUGCUACUUUCAUUAAGUUCUGGAUAUUGGACCACUGUGAACCCCUAGAUGUCAUCAGUCUCUUUAUAUUAAAUGUUCUUGAAAUUUUUAUGGGGCUUUUAUUCUCUCAAAUCUUUGAGAGUGGUACACACAAUGGAAGAGUUUUAAGGCUUAUUAGACAGCAUAGUGUCUUGCCUUUUGAGUGUGCUUAAAAAGGCAGCUGGGAUAAGCUCAGGAAGAGGAAAUGGUGCUACUGUUUAAAAGUGACCUUUAUCAUCUCCAGGACUUGCUAGAAUAAUUCCUUGGAGACUUCACUAGCCUCUGUAUUCUGAUGUUUGGAGAGAGAGAGAAAUGAACCCUUUAAUGAAACAAUAGCAAAGACAGAUGUAAACUGCAAAUGGCAUCUUGAUGUAAAAUGCUGGUGCUCAAAUAUGACCCUGCGAAAGGGAACCCCAGGGACCAUUUAAAAAUGUACUGAAUUUCUUACACUACUGACUCCUUUCCUUACUUAAUGUGUCUUUAUACUUUAUAAUCUGAAGAACAGCACUCAAAAUAAGAAUGCUUCAUGCAUAAAGAUGAGUCUAAAGGAGACACAAUUAUGUCCAAUUGUUUACAACCCUUUUAUUGUGCGAUAACAGAGUUGGCAUGUUGGGUUAUUUGUUUUUCCACGUGGCUUUUAAAGGCCUUAAAUCCACUGACCUUACUAAUAACCAUGACUAACAAUGCAGCUCACACUAUCCAGCAUCUAUUUGUGCUACUAAGUGCUUUAUCACGAAAUUAUAACUGAGAAAAAAUGUUGUAUAUAUAUUUAUCUCCUGGAUUCUCUUAAAUCCUAUUCAGUUGACGUUUCCUGUAAAAUCAUAAUUCACAAGUCAUUUAAACAAGAUUUGCAAAAACUACAUUGUCAAAUUUGAAAUCUUUCUAGCAUUGAAAUGCCCACUUUAAAGAACUGUUUAGUUUGGGUUACUGCAGCACUCAGACCACCUGCUUUUGCCAAAGAAUUCUCCUACAGAAAUUAAGAAUAUUGUGAAAAGGUAGAGGAAAAUCCAUUAAACGUCCACAAUAAACCUUAUGUUUUAUUUUACUGUGUGUGAAAUAAACUAUUAAAUGUUUCUUGGCAGUGUUUGAAAGCAAAGAAAGUGUGGGGCACAAUCUGUUGGGAAGAUCUCUUGUACAAGCUGUUGACAUGAAUGGCAGCUGUGCAGGAGCUCAGCUUCCAGUCUGUACCCAUUCAUUUCAAUAAGGCUUCCACACAAAACUUCCUGGUGGAGUUGUAACCAACCAGCCCAUGCUCUCUCCAAAUGUACCACCAACUUUUAAUAUCCUAACUCUCUAAGUGUUCCUUUUAUAUAUUUUUAUCUGCAAUGUUUUUUCAUGUCAGUUUUAAGGAAUGAAUUAAGAAUAGAACAUAAUUCAUAAUGGGUUUUUUAAAUAUUUUCAAUUUUUAAAGUUUUUUUUUAUACAAUCUUGUUCUUUUUUCAAUUUCGGGGAGGAGGGAGUUCAGAAUUGUAGCUCAAAGAGGUUACCGUUUGAGUCAUGUAACUUGUAGCAGUUUUAAGACUAUAUGGAUUUGUGGGUUUUUUAGUUGUUUGAGAGAAAUCUUAAGUGUAAAACAAGCAUUGCAUAUGGUUUUUAAAGCAUUUUGUUGGGUUUUCUAGGAAUAUUGAAAAAGUAUUAUAGAUGUAAUUGUUUAACUGGCCAAUAAAGUAUCCUUUGUUUAAAAUUG